AAAAAACUGUGACAUUUCCCAACGGUUGGGUCUGUGCUAAUCUCUUGUGGAAUUACGUUUUGGGAGAAGAAGAAGGCGUAAUUUUACUUUUUACGACAUAGAGCGAUGCGUCUUUAUUUUGACAGUAGUCUUACUAUGAGCUCGGACCUUGAGGGUCUGCACGGCAAGAUGCCACUGUGCUGAGGGAGGAUGAGUUGCCACACUGCUGCUUGCUGGCACUGAGAACAGCCUCUGCGAACACUGCAGUCAAUGUGGUCUGCCGCCGCGUCCCUGCGGCUGCCACUCCAGCAUGUCUCGCAUCACGUCCACAGCCAAGCGCUACGGCAACUCCUCCUACACCGGCCACUACACUUCGUACGGCUCCCCGCUGAGCUCGUACGCCGAGCACGAGCGGCUGGCCUACAAGAGUGCUCCGUCCAGCUACACGUCCCCCAGCUACCUGAACGCAGGCCGUGGCCGCCACUGCAGUGCAUCCCCGGAGCCGGACCGUGGCCGGCCGCUGCCCCGGGGCGAACUGCUGAAUGGACGUCGCAGCGAAAGCCUGAGCAGGGCGCCGAUGAGGGACUAUGGCCUUGGAGGCCUGAACGGGGGCGGGGGGUACCCUGCCUACAGCCAUUCUCCAGCCAGGCCUGGCUAUCUUUCCGCAUCCCCGGGGGCCUCCCCCCGUCUAUCCCUGAGCCGGCGCAGGUCCGUGAGCCAGACAGACCUGACGCGAGACCUGGCAUCCCUGGUUCUAGCCGACCCCCCUGGCUCCCCAGGAACCAGCCGACAGGACUAUGACGAGCCCCGGUCAUCUGGCCGGAGCCGGGCAGGACAGACAAUGGACGCCUUUCGCACUAGCCAUUCUGGCUUUGCCAUCGCACGCAGCUCCACGCAGGAGGCCAUUGGCAGCACCAGCCGCUCGUGGGAGAGAGCCAGCACGGGUCGCCUUGUGUCCCCUGGCCCAGACAGUAUGAACUCCAAGAGUGCCCAGGGGCUGGUAGGACUACGAAACCUGGGGAACACGUGUUUCAUGAACUCCAUCUUGCAGUGCCUGAGCAACACGCGUGACCUGCGUGACUACUGCCUCCACAGCUCUCACCGGCGAGACCUCAACAACAACAGCCGUGCUCACACUGCGCUCAUGGAGGAGUUCGCCAAACUCAUACAGACGCUUUGGACGUCGUCGGCCAGCGAGGCCGUCAGCCCCUCUGAGUUCAAAACCCAAAUCCAGAAGUACGCUCCCAGAUUCGUGGGCUACAACCAACAGGACGCACAAGAGUUCCUACGAUUCCUGCUUGAUGGGCUGCACAAUGAGGUGAACCGGAUCGCUGUGCGACCGCGGGCUCACAUGGAGGACCUGGACCACCUGCCCGAUGACGAGAAAGGGAAGAGAAUGUGGAACAAGUACCUUGAGAGAGAGGACAGCAAAGUAGUGGAUCUCUUUGUGGGACAGUUGAAAAGCUCCUUGACUUGCAGCGAAUGCGGCUACUGCUCUACCGUCUUUGACCCUUUCUGGGAUCUCUCCCUGCCCAUCGCCAAGAAGACCUACGGGGAGGUGAGUCUGAUGGACUGCAUAAGACUCUUCACCAAGGAGGACAUGCUGGAUGGCGACGAGAAGCCGACGUGCUACAGAUGUAAAGGAAGGAAAAAAUGCACAAAGAAGUUCACCAUCCAGAAAUUUCCCAAGAUUUUGGUUCUUCAUCUGAAGCGCUUCUCAGAAGCCCGGGUGCGAACCAGCAAGCUGUCCACGUUCGUCAACUUCCCCUUGAAGGACCUGGAUCUCAGGGAGUUUGCGUCGGAUAACAGCGUUCAUGCAGUAUACAACCUGUAUGCAGUGUCCAACCACUCAGGCACUACCAUGGGGGGCCACUACACAUCAUACUGCCGCAACCCCACGCUGGGGGACUGGUACAGCUUCAAUGACUCCAGAGUAACGCCGAUGUCCUCCAGUCACGUGCGCAGCAGCGACGCCUACGUGCUCUUCUACGAAUUGACGUCUGGCCCGCGGUUGUGAGGUCCCCCUUGGACAUGGGCGGGCCGGCGCAGGCUCGCCGGAGCAUGAAUCGGACUACUGAGGACUAAUCUGUCAGAGAGGGAGCUCAGCACAUAAGUCCCCCUUCCCACCUCCCCCAUCUCAGAGCUAGACGAACGGGAACCCGUUUUCCAGUGGGAAGGAGAACAUCUGUCCCAGAUCACCUGAGAGAGCUGGAAAAGCAUUGGGGCCAAGGCACCUUCAUCAUAUGUGCACACGCCCACAUAUGUGCAUAUAGGCCUCUUGUGAUGCCGGCAGCGUACCUUCAGGCAAUAACCCAGACGGCUCUGUCUCAGAGGUCCCCUCUCUAUGCACUGCGACAGGAGCCCUCGCUCGAGUUACACCGUUUGUGUUUUCCAGAAUGCCUCAGCCGUAGAGGCUCCUAUGGUUUUUGGUUUAACACUAACCCCCCAAAGCCUAAAAUCCACAUAACCUAAAUGGUUCUCUGAUGCCCCCUGCUGAAACAUUUUGGAACAGGGGGCAAUGAACAUAACUACAGACCUUGUGUUUUCACCACAACUUCACACCUCUCUCCACCCGCAUCCCCCCCACCUCCAUACUCUGCCCUUCCGUUACACGCACACAGCCCCAGUGCCUAUUGUUCGUCAUCUCUCACCACUCCAGUCCACUACCCACCUGACCUACUUCCUCCCUCUUCAUUGGCCUGUUUUAAAACCUCCUCCACCUCUCACCCAUUGGCGAUGAGGGAAGGUGUUAAGCCAUGGAAGGGGGCCAUGUUUUUGUAUUGUCACUGUGGGGCUGCUAGAAAAGAACUGUGAAUGGACAUAUGACGUAAAAUAAAAGCUCAUAACUAUGGAUUAUUUUCACAUUGACUUCAUGCCACUGUACAACAUGGAAAGAAUGUUCUGAAACACAUACAUGAAUUGAAAUGUGUGUGUCUGUGUAUGAAUAUUUUUAUAUUAUGAUGCAAUAUAGAGAAUGUACUAUGCGGUGGUGCUGAACGUGACCCAUUACUGUUUUUGGUUUAUUUAAUAAGCUAAAGAGAGAAUACUUUUGUUUGAUGCUUAUUGGUGAUAAUGUGAUGAAGUCUGUUUUUAACAGGGGCAGUUAAAAAAAAAAACCAUAUAAAUAAAAACAUUUUGAGAAUCUUUUUCCCA